AUGCUGGACCAGACGAAGCGGCCCCUCACCAUCCCACCAGACUUUGCCACCUACGCAGAGCAGCACGCAAGGACAUACGACGCCGUGUACGUCAACGCGCGAGACCUGAUCACAAUGGCCGUCUCGUCAGGCAGCAAGAUGGGCACGGCGCUGAAGCCGUACGUCGACCGCGGGAUGAUGGUGCCAGACAAUCUCUUUACUAAACUCGUCGUGCAGCGCCUCUGGGAGCAGGAUUGCGUUACGCGCGGUUGGGUCCUGGACGGCUUCCCCCUCACUCGCGCACAGGCGGAAGGGCUGAGCAAGGCUGGGUUUGUGCCUGGGCUGGCGGUGUUUCUUGAUGCUCCGGCGCAGGUGUGCCUUGACCGGUUGACGCUGCGGCGAACAGAUCCCAUCACAGGCAAGCGGUACCACCUCGCCACGAACCCGCCGCCCAGCCAGGAUGUCCUCGACAGACUCAAGCAGCACCCCGACGACGAGCACGAUGUUGUGCACCGGCGCAUGAUGGACGCGCAGGCGUUCCUCAAGGAACUCAAGGACUUUUACAAGAAGGGCGUGACCAUCGACAGUGCACGGCCGAUCGGGGAUGUGCUGGCCUCUGUCGAAAGCCAUUUGGUCAAUCCACGAGAAAGCGCCUGAUGUGCCCGACUGCUACUGCUACUGCCACGGCCUUGUUGCUUUGCUCGUCUGUUUCCAAUCCGUCUUCCUCUGCACCUGCGAUGCUUCUGCGUUCGCUCGCGAGUACACCAUCCACGUCGA